UUCUGCAACGAGAUCUCGUGGCUACCAGCUCUGCCUCUCUCACUGCUCCACCAACUUGUCACCAAAGAUGGCGAUUUGCUGAGUGCUCAUGGAUACACACAUUUGUCGGUUAGCUCCCAUCUUACCCGAAACGCCAACUUUUAAAACAAACUAACUGCUUAGCGAAGCAUCUGUUUCUCCAUCGGAAGGAAAUCUGACAGGACGUCAGCCGUCGCUACCAUGCAGAUCACGCUGAAAACACUGCAGCAGCAGACUAUUCAGAUUGAGAUAGACCCCGAACAAACGGUGAAGGCCUUGAAGGAGAAGAUCGAGGCUGAACGGGGAAAGGACAACUUCCCCGUUUCUGGACAGAAGCUGAUUUAUGCCGGGAAAAUCUUGCAAGAUGACACGCCUAUUAAAGACUACAAGAUUGACGAGAAGAAUUUUGUUGUAGUGAUGGUGUCCAAGGCUAAACCUGCAGCUCCAGCCUCACCGCCAGUCUCAGAAGCCCCCAAGCCGCCUGUACAAGACUCUGGCUCCACCUCCACCCCCGCCCCGGCUACAAACCCCGCGCCGGCCCCUGCCCCGGCUCCGGCCCCGACCCCUGCAGCUGUCCCCAUUUCCUCAGAGGAGGCCAAACCGGAGCCCAACACGGCAGCCACAGAACCGCAGCAGCCAGCCAGCUCCAGUGGAGUCAGUCAGGGCCUGGACGCCUCCUCAACACUCGCUGUUGCUGCUGUCAGUCGGGGGACUUUACAGGCUGCGCUGCGUUGCAUGCCACUUCUAUCUUUAGAGGCUGACAACAGCGAGCCCUUCCUUGUUGCGGCGUCACAGAGAGUGAUGAGGGGGAUUCCCGUUUCAUCCUCAGACAGAGAGGGGAAGCAGAUACUACACAGAAAAAUGUUUUUGUGUUUUUCAAAGAAUGUUGGCAUGGCAACCCUGGCAGUGUGUGAUCUACUCAUCCUUGUUGUCCAGGACUGUUGGAUCGUUCAUAUUUUCUGUUUUGACGUUUCUCAGCGGUUGCUUGGUUGUGUUGUGUGUGUGUGUGUGUGUCGUGUGUGUGGCCCAGCAGGUGAGAACCCACUAGCAUUCCUGAGAACUCAGCCGCAGUUCCUGCACAUGAGGCAGGCCAUCCAGCAGAACCCGGCUCUGCUCCCAGCACUCCUGCAGCAACUGGGCCGAGAGAACCCACAACUUCUACAGCAAAUCAGCCAACAUCAGGAGCUGUUCAUCCAGAUGCUGAACGAGCCGGUGGGAGAAGGAGGCGACGCCCCGGAGGUCGGCGAGAUGGGGGCGGCGGGCGAAGAGGGCGCGCCCGUCAACUAC